AUGGGGCUGGGGGCCUGGCUGCGCUCGCUGGGCGGCUGCGGCGGCUGCUGCGGCUGCUGCGGCGGCGGCGGCACCAGCGAGGCGGCGGCGCCCGAGAAGGAGCCUCUGCUGAGCAACAACAACCCGUACGCGUCGUUCGGGGCCACGCUGGCACGGGACGAGGAGCAGAACCUGUGGAGCACCCCCCACGACGUGACGCACACCGAGGCCGAUGACGACCGCAUCCUCUACAACAUGAUCGUGGUGAGAAACCAGCUGGACACCGACUCGGAGGAAUGGCAAAAGCUCAACUACGAUAUUUAUACCUUACGACAAACCCGAAAAGAAGUGAGAAGCAGGUGGAAACACAUCUUGGAAGACUUAGGUUUCCAGAAGGAAGCAGACUCCCUGUUAUCAGUGACGAAACUCAGCAUUAUCAGUGACUCUCAGAACAUGGGCAAGGCCCGGGACAUCCUGCUCAAGCUCUCGGAAGAGACAAACAUCUUCCCAACCAGCUGGGAGCUUUCCGAGCGGUACCUCUUUGUGGUGGACCGGCUGAUAGCCCUUGACGCUGCAGACGAGUUCUUCAGGAUGGCCAGCGUGGUGUAUCCCAAAAGAUCCAGCGGGGAAAGAGUAGAUGACAGCCAGAAGGCAACACAACACAUCUCUGUGAUGCCCUGAGGAGAUGGCCUCACCAACGCAGCAUGAAUGGUGGGUUUCCUUCCCUCCUGGCAUCCGGCUCCCCUGCCGAGGGGUUAGCGCAAGUAGAGCGAUCCCUUGUUUCCCUUUGGAGAAGCGAGCAGGCCAGCCAGAGCCGAGUGCCACCGGCCCCGGGAGCGGAGCAGCACGGAAAAGGGUCCUGGUGGACACUGACAAGGAAGCAGCAGCAUCCAGGAACAACAACUGACCUAGUCCCAACGAGAAGCCGCUGGCUGAACCGCUGUCCAGGCAAGGGGGGACCUGCUGGCAAAGCCCUGCUACCACCAGCUGGCCAAGCUGGGAAGUCUCUAGCUGCAAGCGCCACUUGGAGAUCUGCAUUUCCAGCCUCCCCGGUACCCUUCCCUCCCGUGACCUUCAUAGCCAGGAGCAUGCAAGGAGGGAGGAGGAAUGUACCUCCCUUGGCUGCAGUUUUGUGACGUUCCUCCAUGCACCGGUCAUCCUCCUUACCUCCGGCCGCUGCCCCUCCGGGGUGGAGACAGUCCCAGCUCCCACUCUACAGAUGGACUCCGAAAAUGGGUUAACAGCUAGGAGAGCAGUUAGCACCCGGCAUCAAAGGUGGUGCUAUUCAAGUUGGGUGCUGUGCCCCAUGUCACUGUCACCGGCAGCGCUGCACCAGAAGGGCAGAAAACAGCCACGUUCUCAGCUCUUAGCUAUGCGAGGGUGCUGCCAGGGGCUCCAUUGCCCGUAGCUCUGGCCCCCAGCACCCCAACAGGAACCAAGGAGCCCCAACACCCCGCCGUGUUCACCCUCUGCACUUCGAUUUCAGGAGGGGGACAAGGUUGGGCCCACUGGUAAUUUGGCUCCUCUAACAUCCUCAGAUUGGACACCCAACACCUUAAUUCAGUUCUGAAAGUUUUAGUCUUAAUUGCAUUUCUACAAAAAAGAAAACACUACAAAGCUGCAUGUACUGAAGUUUACAGGCACCGCUGUGACUGAAGAUUUUUAAUGAACACCCUUUGUAUCUUUUUGUCUGCUAAUGAGCAAUAAUUUUAAAACACUGGAUUUGAUAAGAGUAAGUGGAUGUUCAGCACUGGCUAACACAUUUGCUGCUAAUUGGCCAGCUGAAAGUGCUGGUUAUACCAGACCUCCCAAAAUAGCAAUAUAGAGCAUUUAUUUGUUUAUACCUACAGUGUUUGAAACACACACGUUCUAUAUAUAUAUAUAUAUUUAUGAAUUGUUUGUUUGUCAGUCUUCCUGGAAACUGUUGUCAACUCUGAACAUGAAUGAAAACCAACUUCAAUAAAGAAAACUCAUUCUGAAAGGAAGGUGGAGGUUUCUUGCUCUCCCUGCAACCCUGGCAAGGAGUGUUUCAGUGGAAAGGAUCUCGGGCAGCACCAGUUACCACGUCUGCUGACAGCCAAAGGCUUGGGGAGCUGUAGAGCACACGUCUGUGACCGCUUUCCUUGCGACAUAGCACAGCCUGCCUGCUCGUGUCCAAGGCUAGAGACAGCUCCCAGCUGAAGACUGAAGUCUUCAUAGAAGAUAGCAAGUGAAUUGGGACACCCUUCCCAUUGAUUUUUUUUAAGUAGAAGUUCAGCUGCACCUCGGAAAACCUCCUAUGUUUUUAUAUAAAAUAAACAACGGCCCGUGGUGGUUCCUGUGCUAAACAUUUAUAUGAACAGCCUGAUGCUGAACGGAGAUCCUGCAGUUCUAGGAGCAAACGAC